ACAUAACUCUCCCUCUUUCUUUACUAUUUUAUUAUCAUCGUCAUCUCAUUCCCCAAUUCUCCAGCACCCUCUUUUAUCACCACACUCCUCUGCUUCACUCAAACCUUCCAUAAACCUCUACUUCACCAAAAAAUUUAAACAUUUUCUUUUGCAGAGCUCUUUGUUACAAGCACAUUUUGCCUAAACACAAGUGUUGAUAAUUUGAAAUUGAGUUAUUAAAUUGAGAAGAAGAUGAGGAAGGUACCUUCUAUAGGAGUGCGAGUAGCAACAGCGAUGGCGGAAUUCAAUUCACACUUAUCCCCACCGCCAUCUUUACCGGCCUCCAAGGUGGCAGCGCCGCCUGAAUCGCAUCCAGGGGCAGCAGUGAGGUGCGACGCCCAAAAAUGCCCGUGGUGGCCGUACUCCAGCUCGAAGGAUUUCAAGGCGAACACGGCGUUGAUCAUCGUGGUGCUCCUGUGCGCGCUCACCUGCGCGCUGGCGUUCAACGCCGGAAUCCGCUACAUCGUGCGGCUGCAUUGCAGGCGGAGGCGGCGCGAGGAAGGCGAGAUCGACAAGGGGGUUCCAGUUCCAGUUUCAGUUCCAGGUCUGAGUUUCACGGAGGGGAUGAAGCUGGCAGGGGAGGAGACGGAGUGCAUAAUCUGUUUGGCGGAUUUCGCUGUGGGGGAGAAGAUCAGAGUGCUGGAUAAAUGCAACCAUGGAUUCCACCUCAAUUGCAUUCAGAAAUGGCUUAUUUCGCACUCAUCAUGCCCUACUUGCAGAACCAAUUGCUCAGCCCCAUCGCCUCCAUGAAAAUCAUUUCUACGGUUAUUGGUAUGGAAAUAUUACCCCUUUUCUUCUGUUUUUGGUCACUUUUUGUAGUUGAAUCCUUAUCAUGUACUUAAUGUAGACUCUGGCAUUAAUUUUGUUUUGCAAUGUUUUGAAGUA